CCAUCCUGCGAUAAUGCAGUUAGCUUCGAUAGGAGAUGUUUGUAAUCAUUAGAUUGCUGUGCUGGAAAUUAAGCUAAUUGAUAUAUAAUUAUUUAUAAACUUCUAUAAAUACAUGAUAGUAAAAAACCAGGUAACAGAUACAUACUCAUUCUAUCUCUUGAGAGUGACAUCAGGAAAUUCUGUAAAUAAUGGCUGCGACAAGAGAUAGACGUAUAAAUGCUGGAAAUAAAAUGGCAAGAUUAUUAAACGAAGAGGAGGAAGAUGAAUUUUAUAAAACUACAUAUGGCGGCUUCGACGAAGUGGAGCAGGAUCAUGAUUACAUGGAAGAAGAUGAAGGAGAAGAUGAGGUAGACUCUGAUUUUAGCAUUGAUGAGAAUGAUGAGCCAGUUUCUGAUACUGAACAAGAAGGUCCGAGAAAAAAACGUAGAUUGGUAACAAAGGCUUAUAAGGAACCUAAAGCUGCAACAUCACAUACUUCAUCAACGCCUAAGGAAAAGAAGAUAAAACAACCGAAGCAAACUAAGAUUUUUAUAGAUAGCAUAGAAAGAAAGUCGAUACGUCGUUCUACUGCUGCAAAAUCAGCAGCUACACAAAAACGCUUACGUCAGAGAAAUGAAGAUCAGAAACGGAAGAUAAAGAUUGUAAGGCACGAUGUAUGGAAACCGACACAGGAGGAACUACUGGAAGAAGCACUGCAAACAGAAGAAAUUAAUAUGAAGUCAUUAGAAAAAUAUCAGAAGUUAGAAAGUGAAAAAAAAAAUACUAGAACUGUGAGGAAAACACAUGUUGGUCCGAUGAUCAGGUAUCAAUCGCUGUCUAUGCCAGUUAUGGUGUUAUCCGAGACUUGUGGGGACGAUCACGUUGAAAGGAGUAAUGUCGACAAAUGUGAUGACGACAAAAAUACAAAUACUUCUAACUUAGAUAUUGAAACUGUCCUUGUGAAAGAAAGAAGUGGAACAGAAUCGAAAGCAGAUGGAACGGAUGAUAAGAAGGAAGAAUCUGCUGACGCGGCAGUCCCUGCCCCCGCCAAGAAAAAAGAUAUUCGUGGCGAAGAGACAGGGACAUUUUACUCACGCACGUUUAUCACCUUCGAAAAGGACCAAUCGUACCAAGAUAUAUUCAAAAAGUCCACACAACAAAGGCCUCCGUUAAAACCUUUAUGCGCAGUCACGAGGCUGCCUGCUAAAUACUUGGAUCCUAUGACGCAAUUGCCGUACAAAAACGUACAGACCUUUCGACUGCUCCGAGAGGCGUAUUAUCAACAAUUAGAAGCUCGUAGUGACAUUAAUGAUACCUCUCAAAACCCGGAAUUAUCGCGAUGGAUCGAGUGGCGGCAGAAAAAUCACAGUAAUUCGCAGAGGAACACCGUCCGCCUGGAGCCAGCAUCUAUGCCUGCACCUCCGUAGCUUUUUUUACUUGUAAAUAGCAGCAUGAAAUAAUACAGCAUCUCUUGAUGUUCUCUCUUUGAAUAUAAUGUCCCACAUUUUCAGUGAACUCAAACGAUAAUGAUUAUAAUAUUAAUAUUUUGCGAAACGCAAAAGUUAUAUGUUAAGUUCAAUUAAGAGAAGAGAGUACAAACGUUGUUUUGAAACAAUUUGUACAAUGUUCUUGCUCGAAAUUUGUCGUUCGACAUUCCUGCGGGAAAUCCUUUUUUUGUAGUGCAAUUUUUUUUAUGAAGGUUAAUAAGCAGUAAUGGGUCGUUUCUGGUUAGUUUCUUCCUUCUUCAUAUGUGUUUUACUAUGCACAUAUUAUAAGAGUAUCGUUUGGAUAAUUAAGGCUCUUAGAUCCUCGUUGUCCUUUGAUGACGUCGUAAGUGAAAAAUCGCAUGCCAAAAUGUAAUAUACUAGGAGAUAAAAGAAUAUAUGCACAAAAUGACGAUCGAUUCGGCACACUUGUAAAAAUAUCUAGACGCUUUCCUCAACAUUCAUUAAAUAGCUGAAAAUUAGUAUGACAUACAACUUGUGUUUUUAAUCUAUCUUAUAAUUUCUGCUACAUUAAUUUUACGGCUAUUUAUUGAUUGUUCAGGAAGGCGUUCGGAUAUUUUUACAAGUGUGCCGAAUCGAUCGUCAUUUUGUGCAUAUAUUCUUUUUUCUUCACGUAUAUCGUAAUAUAUUUUGUAAUCAAACAAAGAUAGCGAGGGGCACAGGAGCCUUAACGUUUAAUUAACUGUUCAAACGAGAUAUUUCGCGGUAAUGUUUCCUACUAAAAAUACAUAAUAAUUUGCUAUAUGCUAAAUUGUAUAAAUUUAGUAUAAGCGACUCAUCAACUUCAUUUCUGACCGAGAAUACCGCAUAAUUAUUUUUAUAAAAUAUAUAUAUAUAUAUAUCCACACUUUUGUGCCUUAUAUCAGUAGUAUCAAUUUAAAAAUAUAACAAGUUGCAAGACUGAAUAAUCUGUAAUUAUUACUAUACAAUAUUUACAUUGUAUAAAAUAAUAUAUAUAUCGUCAUGAUAAGAACCUACUUGUUCCAAUUAUUGAUCUUUACAUCUGAUAGCACAUGCUAUAUUUUAUGAAUUUUGUUCUCGCCUGUGACUUACUGUCAUAAAUAGCGGCUUUGUAAAAGACUUUGUAAUAGAUUAUUGAAUCUUUGGUGUAGCGUGAUAUUUAUUUAACGUGAACAACGUUGAUUGAAUGUUGCUGUCGCAACGUGAAAAUAGGAUUUACACCAUUCUGCAGAUGCAUUCAUUACAAACAUUCCUUCUUUUUAAAAGCAAAUUUGGUUUUUUAUUAAUAAAAUAACGAAAUACAAGGCAUUAUUAAUAAUAAUCUAUAUUGUUAUAGAUAUAAUAUCCCUUUUUUUUGUAUGCAAUGAAAUGAAAGGAUAAAACAAUCUUAUAAUAUUUUAAAUUAUUCUUCAAUGUAUUCAACUGUAUAAAUCUAUUUCACUUAGCAUAAAAAAAAAUGAAAUUCGCUUCCCCUAAGUUUUCAGAACUCGAUGCAGCCUAAGGAUACAGAAUAAGUCAAAGAUAUAUCUGUAGAAAACUAUGGUCACUUUGACAUUGCUUAUACACAUUACAGUUCCGAGUUGUCCAUAAUAAAGUAAUAAGCCUGCUAUAUCAAAUAGUAAUCAUGCUCAUGAUUAUCUUAUCAUCUUUAAGAUUGCUUCGAGAAACAACGUAGUAUUAUUUCUCACAUUUUCUUACACGGAUACACACCACACACACACACACACACACACACACACACAUACAUAUAUAUAUAUG